AUGUGUUUCUACAACUACCCCAAAAUCACGGCACUGAAUCACUUUGCCAACAUCACAUCGCUCUGCAUCGUUGCCCAAGAGAUCUCUGAGAUUGAGGGCAUCGACGAGUGCCGUGCUCUGGAGCAGCUGUGGAUCUGCGAGACCAAGGUCAGCAGGAUCCAGAAUCUCUCAAGACUCAAGGCGCUCAAGAAACUGUAUCUAUACUCGAACCGCAUCAAGGAAAUCACGGGGCUCGAGGAACUCACAAAGCUCUCCAAGCUGUGGCUGGGCGACAAUGACAUCAGUCAUCUCGAGAAUCUGAACACCCUCAAGGAUCUGACCGAGCUGCACAUCGGCAACAACAAGAUCGUGUCGAUAGGCGAUGCCCUUAACGAGAACGUCAAUCUGCAGGAGCUCAACAUUGCUGGCAAUCGCUUGGCAUCGUUCCGGGUGGUGCUGUCGCUCGCUCGACUUCCGCGUCUUACGUCGCUCUGCCUGAGCGAUCCCAGCUACGCAGACAACCCGAUAUGCUCGCUGUGCAACUACCAAACCCAUGUGAUCUACCAUCUGCCGGCCUUGAGAUCGCUCGACACUCUUGACAUCACCGAAGAGUCGCGGCGCCUCAUCAACGCCACUGUGCUGAAGAAACGCAUGUACUAUAACAUGCGGAUCCGGACGAUCAAGCGAAACACAAACUUUCUGAUCAAGAUGGUCAAGACCCGCAGCAACAGUGAAGAAACCGCGCUUGAAUCGGAUAUCCAGAAUCUACUGAGCAAGGCCAAGAUGCUACAAAAGCGCCGCGAUGACCUUGUCAACAAGGGAAAGAUACCUUCCGGGGGCAAGAAGAUGCUGGAUCAGCUGGACAAUGGACGGUCGAGGCUUCACCAACUGAUAGAAGGAAAGCUCAAGUCUCUGUCGAGCUUCAAAAACCACCGACUCGAUAUCGAAACGCAAAUCAUACAGCAGAGCGACAUGGCGAUCCGGAAACUGCUUUUGGAGCUUGAAACAGGCGGAAAUGUGCGCUUCGAGGAUGAGCAUGUUGAAGACCCGUGGUUCAAGACGUGCGAGUCGCUCGUCAAGACGUUGAUUCUUCGAGCCGUCUCGAGUCACUCCCACAAGCGCAUCCAGAUCCACAGGAUCUCUCGACUGCACAACCGGAAUUUGAAGAACAAAUUUGAGUCGAAGCUCCAGACCAAACCCGAGCCGGACAGAGGCUCGUUCGAGUACCUUUCGUUCCAGAAUCCAGACUCUCAUGCCGAGGAGAUCUUUUCCGUCGUCGAAUACGGCUUCGCCUCCAACUUUGUUACCGACCACACCUCCGGACUGAUUGCCCUUGCAAACUACCUUGACUGUUCCGACAACGCCGUCGACCCUCACGAUCACAACAAACACCGAAAGAAACUGAGACAGGCCAUCAUCGCCAAGGUGUUUACUGCCCGGUCCGGGCGAGUAAGCGAGAACAUAACCACCCCCGUCAACCUCGACGACUUUCACGGCCUUGACUGCAUCCAUCAGAUGGUGGAUCUGCCUGGCGAAGCAAAGGAAGGCCGGAGCGAGCGCGAGGCAUCGCGCGCUGCAGCCGAGCGGGACCCCUGCAGGCGGUAUUACAUCUUUGACCGCGACUUGGUUCUGCCCGAGUUCUUUGUCGAAUACUCGAUCGAGUCUGAGUUUGACCAUCUGACGACCAAAAUCGAAAAGUUCAUGAUCGACGUGGCAUACUCGAGCAAACUCUCACGCCCAGAUAUGCCGUGGAUGAUCAAUGAAGUUAGCUCCAAGAUUGGCAGCCACGCGGUAGGCCUCGCGGAUUCUAUGGCAUCAGACAUGUCGAUCGCCUCGCUGGAAAAGAUGUAUCCAGAGAUCAAUUGUGGCGAAGCUAUCUCGGAGUACUCGGUAGGUGCACGCAGCGGAGACUGCCCCUUGGCCCACUUGAACAUCUCGUUUUCAAAUCGCCGCUCGCUCGACGAGUUCGAUCAACACACCAACAUCAAGACUCUGAUCAUCAGUCACAACAACCUUAGUGCCGUCACGGGGCUUCAUGUCUUUACUCUCAUCGAGCGACUUGAUCUCAGUUUCAACAAACUGCAGUCCGUCCACGGCCUCGAGUCGCUGAAGCACCUCAAGUACCUCGAUUUGACGGGCAACCUCAUAAGCGAGCUCUCCUCCCUCCAGAACACGACCCGGCUCUUCACAGCAGGAACCUCUCUGAUCUCCAUGGAUGCCAAGUUCAAUCCAAUCUGCCAGAGAAAGGGCUACCGCCUCUAUAUCUGCUCCAGUAUGCCAAGCCUGGUGACACUGGACGGAAUUUCCACCGAUUCCAGUGACAGGGUUUCGCUGCACAUCGACUGGGACGAGCUGAUUGCAGACCACUCGUCGUCACAGCCACAUCUCUUUCGUCCCCUCAGCGUCCGAACCCAGAGCGGUCCCGGAUCGACAGCCUCCCAGAACGAUUUUUGGAGGCUCCUGCCGCAUCCAAAUCACGGAACCCUGAUGCUGGAGGGGCUCACGACGCUGGAACUAGAUUCGUGCGACCUCUUUGACCUGGAGCCCCUGCCCGUCGAGAUGAUCAAUCUCCGCUGGGCGAGCUUCAGGAACAACUACCUUUCGGAUGUCUCGCGACUGACGCACUUUCCCAAGCUCGAGGAGCUUUCGAUCGAGAACAACGAAAUUCAUCAGAUCGACUCGCUCUCGGUUCUGCCCAACCUGUCCAAGCUUGACGCCAGCAACAAUCGCCUGACGACGGUGGACUCUGCCUGCAACUUCAAAUCGAUCAUGCUGAUGUCGCUCGAGAACAACUUUAUCCAGAACCUCAAGCCGUUUGCAAAGUCGACGACGCUGAUGGAGUUUUAUGUCGGAAACAACUCGAUCUCAAGUCUCUACGGCAUCUUCCCACUCAAGGAGCUGCCGCGGCUGAUCAUCCUCGAUCUCACAGGGAACGCAGUUUGCCAGCUGCAAAACUACCGACUCUUCACCAUCUUCCAUCUUUCCAAGCUCAAGAUACUGGACGGCGCCGGCAUCACAGCCAAGGAGCAGAUUUCUGCCAAAGAUGUCUACCUGGGCAAGCUCACCGUCGAGCUACUUGGGGAGAAGAUUGGGCAUUUCUCAUUCAAGAAUAUUACCGAGCUGGAUUUGCGGAACUGCAAGAUUCGCGAGGUUAACUGCUUCAACAUGGACGACUUCCGGAACCUGCGCAAGCUCAACUUUGACAACAACCUCUUGACCACGAUUGACUGCAUCGCGGGACUGACCGGGCUCAAGUCACUGAGUCUGAACAUGAACAGGAUCGAGAGACUGCUCUUGACUGACAUUCCGUCAGCGAGUGGCCGAAAUGACGGCACACCGGAUGGCCGGCGACCUCUACUUCCGUUUCUUGAGGAGCUUCAUUUGGGAUACAACUCGAUUUCGAAAAUCAGCGACUUGGGGCUGUAUCGCAUGCCGUAUUUGAAGAUCCUGUACCUGCAAGGCAACAGAAUCCUCCGGGUCGAUGGACUGGAGCAUAUGACCAGUCUGAUCGAGCUGGUCCUCGACAAGAAUCAGAUCAAAGCAGCCGAGCCGUCGUCGUUCUUCUCACUAAUCAAUCUGAAGGAGCUGCACAUCAAGGAUAAUCGAAUCAAGACCCUGGCGCACUUUGACUGCCUCCCGAACUUGCAGAACCUCCAUCUCUCCAACAACCGCGUGCAAGAGACCUGCGAGAUUGAGAAAAUGAAGCUCCCAAGCCUCAAGGAAAUCAAUCUCUCGAUCAACGGCAUUGCCCGAAAACAGGCAUAUCGAUUCGCCGUGAUAAUGCGAUUCCCGCUCAUCAAUAUUGUUGAUGGGAAAGAAGUCACUGACGAGGAGCGACAACGCGCAGAGAUCUAUUUCAUGGAGCAAUGCAUACUCAGAGACGAUCCGUCCGCCAAAAUCAACAUGCCUGCGCUUCAAGCCAGCUCUGCAAACGGAUCCCCGAUGAACUCCCUUGUCAAACUCCCAAUCAAGAUCACCUCUGUGGUUCUCGACGGGCUCGAAAUGAAGCUUGCUGCCAAUUCGUCGGGAUUCGGCUCCCAAAACAGCCUCACACGGCCGUCUUGACGAUAUCAACCGCUGUCACUCCGAGAAUCUCUCUGGAAGUUACUCGAUCUCAGGGCUUGCCAGUGUCCUCCCCCCUCGGCUCGCACUCGGGCCUGACUCUGCUAUGACCGCUUGAAUAACACGACCGCUUGGG